AUGAGUGUGUUGAGGUCCAUCUCUGUGGUUUCAGGCUGUGUGAUAGCCGAGCUCUUCACAGAGGGCGUCCCUCUCUUCGAUCUGUCCCAGCUGCUGGCGUAUCGUAAGGGACACUUCCAGACGGAGCACGUCCUCCAGAAGAUCGAGGACCUGAGCGUCCGAGAGCUGGUGGCUCAGAUGGUUCAGAGGGAACCAGAGAAGCGUCUGACGGCGGAGGAGUACCUGAAGCAGCAGAGAGGGAAAGCCUUCCCUGACAUCUUCUACACCUUCCUGCAGCCGUACAUGGCUCAGUUCGCCAAAGAGACCUUCCAGUCCGCAGACGAACGAGUGCUCGUCAUCCGCAAAGACCUGGACAACAUCCUGCUCAACCUGCGAGGAGGCUCUUCGUCUUCCUCGUCUCAGGAAGGCAGCGAUGGCGCUCUGAGCUCCAGAGAGGAGCAGGGCCUCAUGGUGCUGGUGUCCGUCAUCACUUCCUGCCUGCAGACGCUGCACUCCUGCGACUCCAAACUGGCGGCGUUGGAGCUGGUCCUGCACCUGGCCCCGCGGCUCGGCGUGGAUGUGCUGCUGGACCGCAUCACGCCGUACCUGCUGCACUUCUGCAACGACCCCGUGCCCCGCGUGCGCGCUCAGGCCGUGCGCACUUUGGCCAAAGUUCUAGCGCUGGUGAAGGAGGUACCGAGGAACGACGUGAACAUCUACCCGGAGUACAUCCUGCCGGGCAUCGCCCACCUCGCCCAGGACGACGCCACCAUCGUCAGGCUGGCGUAUGCAGAGAACAUCGCUCAUCUGGCGGAGAGCGCCCUGCGUUUCCUGGAGUUGGUUCAGGAGAACAACGUGAACACGGAGCAGGACCAGAGCGGAGAGGACACGGAGGAAAUACUCCACCCCAACGAGAACUACGACUCAGAGCUGCAGGCACUGCAUGAGAUGGUGCAGCAGAAAGUGGUGACGCUGCUGAGCGACUCGGAGAACAUCGUCAAACAGUCGCUGAUGGAGAACGGCAUCACCAGACUCUGCGUCUUCUUCGGCCGGCAGAAGGCCAACGACGUGCUGCUGUCUCACAUGAUCACCUUCCUCAACGACAAGAACGACUGGCAUCUGCGUGGAGCCUUCUUCGACAGCAUCGUGGGUGUAGCAGCCUACGUGGGCUGGCAGAGCUCCUCCAUCUUGAAGCCCCUCCUCCAGCAGGGACUGAGUGACACCGAGGAGUUCGUCAUCUACAAAGCACUGAACUCUCUCACCUGUAUGUGUCAGCUGGGUCUGCUGCAAAAACCUCACAUAUACGAGUUCGUCAGUGACAUCGCUCCGUUCCUGUGUCACCCCAACUUGUGGAUCCGUUACGGAGCCGUGGGCUUCAUCACCGUCAUCGCUCAGCACCUCAACGUGGCCGACGUCUACUGCAAGCUGCUACCCCACCUAAACCCCUUCAUCUCCACACCCAUCAUCCAGAUAGAUAAGGAGCUGGUCCUGCUGAGUGUCCUGAAGGAGCCUGUGAGUCGCUCCAUCUUUGACUAUGCCCUUCGCUCUAAAGACAUCGCCAGUCUCUUCCGCCAUCUGCUGCUCCGGCAGAAGAAGCGCGUGGGAUCAAUCCCAGAAUGCCCCACUCCUGAUGACCCGGCCAUAGCUCAGCUGCUCAAGAAGCUGCUCUCCCAGGGCAUGACGGAGGCAGAGGAGGACAAGCUGCUGGCGCUCAAAGACUUCAUGCUGAAGUCCAACAAGGCCAAAGCCAACAUGGGGGAGCAGACUCACCUGGGGGAGGCGGCUCAGACCGGCGUCAUCGACCUCGCCAACCUCGGCAUCACUGGCCGCCAAGUGGACCUGGUUAAAGCCAAGGCCGAGCCCGAAGACAAGAGAGCGAGGAAGCACACGAAGCAGGACUCCACGAUGAACGAGGAGUGGAAGAGCAUGUUUGGGUCUCAGGAGCCGCCCUCCAACCAGCCCUCCACGGCUGCUGACGGGCCGGCGGGUCAGGUCCGGAGGAGCGCCGUGGUCCCGGCGGUCACCGUUCUGCAGUCGGUGGCGAGCGGCGCGGCCUACCAGAGACGCAUCAACACCUGUAAGGUGGAGCUGCAGCAGCUGGUGCAGCAGAAGAGGGAGCAGUGCAGCGCCGAGAGGAUGGCCAAGCAGAUGAUGGAGAGCGCCGAGUGGGAGAGCCGUCCUCCUCCACCGGGGUGGCACCCUAAAGGUCUGCUGGUGGCUCACCUCCACGAACACAAAGCUGCUGUGAACCGCAUCAGAGUCUCUGACGAACACUCCAUCUUUGCCACGGCAUCAAACGACGGCACCGUUAAAGUCUGGGACAGUCAGAAGAUGGAGGGAAAGACCACGACCACCAGGUCGGUGUUGACGUAUUCUCGUAUCGGCGGUCACGUGAAGACGUUGACCUUCUGUCAGGGGUCACAUUAUUUGGCUGUGGCUUCAGAUAACGGAUCCAUCCAGCUGCUGGCAGUCGAAGCAAACAAACCUCCAAAAUCCCCCAAAGUUCAGCCCUUCCAGACCAGGUCUCUGGACCUGCAGGAGGACGGCUGUGCGGUGGACAUCCACCACUUUAACUCCGGCGCCCAGUCGGUGCUGGCGUACGCCACCGUCAAUGGCUCGCUGGUCGGCUGGGACCUUCGCUCCAACUCCAACGCCUGGACGCUGCGCCACGACCUCCGCCUGGGACUCAUCACCUCCUUCACCGUGGACAUGCACCAGUGCUGGCUCUGCCUAGGUACAAGCAGCGGCACCAUGGCAUGCUGGGAUAUGAGGUUCCAGCUCCCCAUUUCAAACCACUCCCACCCAGCCCGAGCACGAAUCAGACGACUGCUGAUGCAUCCGCUCUACCAAUCAUCUGUCAUCGCCGCUGUCCAGGGUAAUAAUGAAGUGUCUAUGUGGGACAUGGAGACUGGAGAUCGUAAAUUCACCCUUUGGGCGAGUUCUGCUCCUCCACUCUCUGAGAUGCAGCCGUCCCCUCACAGUGUUCAUGGGAUCUACUGUAGUCCUGCUGAUGGGAACCCUCUGCUGCUGACUGCUGGAUCUGACAUGAGGAUCAGGUUCUGGGACUUGGCGUAUCCGGAGAGGUCCUACAUCGUGGCGGGAGGAGCCAACGACUCGCUGCACUGUCCGUCCGUCCUCUACAGCAGGAAGAUCAUCGAAGGGACGGAGGUGGUUCAGGAGAUCCACAGUAAACAGAAGAGCGGCGCGGUGGAGGACUCGCCUCGCCGCGGCCCAGAAUCCCUCCCUGUGGGACACCAUGACAUCAUCACGGACAUCGCCACCUUCCAGACGACGCAGGGCUUCAUCGUCACCUCGUCCAGAGACGGCAUCGUCAAAGUGUGGAAGUGAACCACGGUUUCCUCUGCUCCCAUUGGCUGCUUCUGAUGAUAACAGUUCUGUCUCACGUCACUAAUUUAUGCACUUAAUCAUCUCAUUUUGAUGAACAUUAGGAGGUCAAAGGUCAGACAGUGUUUAACAUCCUGUCUCUGUUCAGGAUCCAAUAACUAAUCAAUACUAACCAAUAACUUUAGGAACAACAACGACAGAUGGAGGGAACUCAAGUUUUGUUUCAGGCCACGAACUUCUCAUAGAGGAAAUAAAAUGUGCAUAAUGAAUGUACAACAUGUGUCUAGUAUUUAUGAAUAUUCAUGUUCUGUUCAUUGAGUUAUAGUUUGAUCUCAGUGUCAAAGGAGAUCCGGCUGCUCUGAUAUUAUCAAUAAUAAUCAGCUUCAUACUGGAAAUAGUCACAUUCCAGUGGUUUCUGUUUCAGAAUCAUGUGAUCAAAACAAUAUAACAAGAACUCCAGAGUCAUCGUCAAUAGAUGAUCGAAUCUCUUACAAAACGCCCAACAUGUUUUAUUCUGACCACAUUCAUGAUUCAUGAUUCAUUAUUCAUUACAGAAAGUGGAUCGAAUUAAAAAUGACUUUAUUCAAAUUGAGGAUUUUGUUUGAUUUAUAAUUUAUUUUUUGGUUGUGAUGAUGUCAUUAAAUAUGACGACACAUUCAAAAGGGUUAACCCUAGUAAUCUAAUAUUAUUAGUAUUCUCAUAUAUAAUCUAUGAUUGUAAUAAUAAUGGUUGAAUUACUAUAUUCGGUAACUAUGAGUCCUACAUCUUCAGACUCAGUUUGGUGGUUUUGGGUUCUGGUCCAAACCAGAACUCUGACAUGAGGGUCAAAGGUGAGAACUGGUCCUGAACCAGCUCAGCUUGUCUCCAUGAGUGAGAUACAAAUCAAUAAGUUAAUAAUCAUCAGUGAUGGCUUGAAAAACUGGAGCUCGAUAUGUAAACGUAUUUAAAAAACGUUUGUUUUCUAGAAGAACAAAAUCCUCUCAUUGAAUAUUAACACUGUGAGCCACAUCCUGUAAAUAUGAAUAUCAUCUUCUAUAGAGAAUAAUGAAUAUUCUAUCUAUACAUAAAACCAAACUACUCUCUGGUUCUAGACAGAUUUAGUCUUUUCACUAAAUCUGCUUAUCAGCAUCUGAUUUAUCUCUUUCUGUAAAUACGAUAUUUUAAAAUCCCAGUAAUAUAAAGUUUGAUUUGAAACUUUGAAACUAACCCUUGGUUGCUGCAGAUGAACCAUGUGACCUGCAUUUCCAUGUUUGUCCAGCUGUUGAAUAAAGAACAAAUCGA